ACGUUGUCGCUUGUUUGCGUUCCAAACUGCCCUCCCGCCAGGUUCGAUGGAACACCCGCUCCAUUGAAGGAUACCUGAGCUUCUACAGGCGGUGUCCCCAACCCAUCCGGGUAGCAACUGUAGGGAAAAAUUCGCCGAGCUGAUGAAUCUGGUUGUUUUUUUUCCCUUCGAAAGAAGCCAGAGAUGAAAACAGGAGCGCUUUGCAAAUUACCGUAAAGCGAAAAAGAAACAACGUGGGGGAAAAAAAUCCACUUUAGGUGUGCAAUCGGAGGCAGGCGAAUUCACGUUAGCCACAGCUGGCUAGGAUUUCCGCUGCGUACCCUACCAAAACCACCACUAAGGAUGAGGUUGCACCUCUAAAUAUGCUGCCUUGCUCUGCUUGGGUGUGAUACAAGGAUUCAGAAGAGUCGAGGUGAUGCCCCUUCCAGCAAAAGUCGUAGGCUCUCCGAUGGGAAAGGCGAUUUUUCUAAUCCUCCCGUGUUAGUCGGCCUUGCCUGCCCCUUGGAAAGCUGAGUGGUCCACCUUUACCUUCUCAGAUGGUUUCCUCAAGGCCAGGAGAUGAAUCUGUCUUCUUUCCCAGAUCCUUAAUAUCACUACUUCAGGAAGGAUGAGUAUUUUUUGUUACUGGACUGCCCGGAACUUCUUUCCCAGUGUCAGAAUCCUCACUGUGAAGAAAACUCUGCGUUUUGUAAGAAAAUGGAGGAAAACACGGGCGACGCGAUUCACUCGUGUUAAUAUUCAGAACUUGUCUGGAUGCCAAGCUGUGGCAAAGAUCCUAUUUGUAUGCUGGGGGAUUGAAGGAUUGUCUCGGAAGGCAAAGUGUGAAGGUGUAGCUAUCAACACCAGCGUUGGUGGUCUUUUCAGUCAAGCAAGGCUUUCUUCAGUGGCUUUCCUUCGGGAUCUUGGAUUUGCCUUUUCUGUAAUUAUCCGAGGUUUCAUCUUGUUGUUGAAAUUUAGCCCUUUGAUCUGGUUUUAUCCUUUUACCUAUUUUUCUCCUAGCUUUGCUAAGCUCUGGCUCCACCUACUUCUUAAGUUUACAGAGUCCUCUGGUCCCACGUUCAUCAAACUGGGGCAGUGGGCAAGCACCAGGCGGGACCUCUUUUCUGAAGAGUUUUGUGUCAAGUUCUCCAAGCUUCACAUCAAAGUGGUUCCUCACCCGUGGGAUUACACCAAACACUCUUUAGAUAAAGCCUUCGGAGAAGUCUGGGAGAAGAUAUUCAUGUUUGAAAGCAGAGAGCCUAUUGGAUCUGGCUGUGUGGCUCAAGUAUACAAAGCUUACGUAGAUAAUUCCAUGUUAAGGGACCCCGUGCUGAGUCAACGUGCAAAGUUUUCUGAGUGGGAUUCUGCUCUGGAGGUCUGGAAAAUCUCAGGUUUUAAAGGACUUUUCAGAUGGUUCUGGUGGAGGAAGCACAAAGAUGUUUUGGAAAGUGACCUUCAACCGCUUCACAAAUACGAUUUCUAUGAAAGCGCCAUACAGAAUUCCAGCUCUGGAAGUCUAAGCCCACCCUUAUUUUCCAAGGGGAACCAUAUAUUCCCAGUAGCCAUUAAGGUGCUGCAUCCUGGAUUAGUUCGGCAGGUCCAGAUGGAUUUAUUUCUCAUGAAAAUUGGCAGUCGAUUUCUUGAGCUUUUCCCUGGAAUUAGGUGGCUCAGUGUGACUGAGAUUGUGGAAGAGUUUGAGAAACUCAUGAUUCAGCAGAUUGACUUGCGCUAUGAAGCGAAAAACCUAGAACACUUCCAUCUGAAUUUCAAGAGUACAGAUUAUGUGAGGUUUCCCAUUCCUCUUCACCCAUUUGUGACAAAAAAUGUCCUAGUGGAAACGUUUGAGGAGAGCAAACCCAUAUCCCAAUAUCUGCACAUAGAAACCAAAAUGGAACUAAGGCAAAAAAUAGCCCAGAUGGGAAUGGAUAUGCUUCUAAAGAUGGUGUUUGUUGAUAACUUUGUCCAUGCUGAUCUGCAUCCUGGAAAUAUCCUGGUCCAGGGAGCAGAACAUUUUGAUGACCAUCCUGAAGAUGCGGUGGUCAUAGUGGAUCUGUUGGAUACACUAAUUGUAGAAUUACAACCUUCUCCCUCACCACUCCGACUAGUGCUUCUGGAUGCAGGGAUUGUGGCUGAGUUGCAGAGUGCAGAUCUGGAGAACUUCCGGGCGGUGUUCACGGCUGUUGUAUUAGGGCAGGUGAGUCCUGAGUUUAAGCUGUGACUUACAUAGUUUCAAAAGUUCAGAAGAAAAUAUCUAGUCUUUGAAAAGUACAGCAUGGUUUUCAUGAUUCACCUCUCUGCUGUUGUACCUCACAAAAAAUCUAUUACGUUGAGUUAGAAGCAUGGUUCACACAUUGUAUUGAGACCCAGGUUUUUAAAGAGGUUAUAUUUUGUAGGGUUGGCACAUGAUAAAUCCUGAAUUCCAGAAUUAUUGGUUGGAUUUCCACAACAUUUUCAUGAAAAUCAAGCAAACAAAUGCAUGUUAUAAUUUACAAAAAGAUGAGGAUCAACAUGUAUUUGA